AUGGGUGACCAAGUCAAGGCCCCGGUGGUCGCUGAGGCCCACCUGGUCGACACCUACCAUCCUCCACAGAAAAUGCUUGACAAGCACCCUAGUAAACCUCAUCUUAGCGGCAUCGAGGAGUACCAGCAACUUUACAAGGAGUCUAUCACAGAACCCGAGAAGUUCUUCGGCAAGAAGGCAAGGGAAUUGUUAACAUGGCAACGGGAUUUCGACACCGUUCGUACCGGAUCCCUGACUAACGGCGACGUGGCCUGGUUCGUCGAGGGCCAGCUCAACGCCUCCUACAACUUAGUUGACCGACACGCUUUCAAGGACCCCAACAAGGUCGCGAUCAUCUACGAGGCUGAUGAGCCGAAUGAGGGCCGGAACCUAACUUAUGGCGAGCUCCUUCGCGAAGUUAGCAGGGUUGCCCACGUCCUCAAGAAGAUGGGUGUUCGAAAAGGCGACACCGUUGCUAUCUACCUACCCAUGAUCCCAGAGGCAAUCAUUGCUUUCCUUGCAGUUAUACGCAUUGGCGCCAUACACUCUGUCGUGUUCGCCGGUUUCUCCGCCGAUUCUCUCCGCGAUCGUGUUAUCGACGCGCAGUCCAAAGUGGUCAUUACCACGGACGAGGGAAAGCGAGGGGGUAAAUUAAUCGGUACUAAGAAGAUUGUGGAUGAUGCGCUCAAGCAGUGUCCUGAUGUCACGGGUGUGCUCGUUUUCAAGCGUACUGGUGCCGAUAUCCCCUGGACCUCUGGCCGUGACCUGUGGUGGCACGAGGAAGUCGAGAAGUGGCCAUCGUACAUUGCCCCUGAAGUUAUGAACGCUGAGGACCCUCUCUUCCUACUAUACACGUCUGGCUCGACUGGAAAACCAAAGGGUGUUAUGCACACUACUGCCGGAUAUCUCCUCGGUGCCGCGCUGACUGGAAAGUACGUAUUCGAUAUCCAUGACGGAGACCGAUAUUUCUGCGGUGGAGAUGUCGGUUGGAUUACCGGCCACACCUACGUCGUUUAUGCGCCUCUGCUCCUCGGUGUAUCUACCGUAGUCUUUGAAGGAACCCCCGCUUACCCGAAUUUCUCACGAUAUUGGGAGAUAAUUGAGAAGCAUGAAGUCACUCAAUUUUAUGUUGCACCAACGGCGCUAAGGUUAUUGAAGCGUGCCGGUGACGAUUUCGUCAAGGCGCAUAUGCCGAAACUGAGAGUGCUGGGUUCAGUCGGCGAACCCAUCGCCGCUGAAGUAUGGAAGUGGUAUUUCGAAGUUGUAGGCAAGGAAGAAGCGCAGAUUGUCGAUACCUAUUGGCAAACCGAGACCGGCUCAAAUGUGAUCACCCCCCUGGCAGGAGUAACACCGACUAAGCCCGGCAGUGCUUCUUUGCCUUUCUUCGGCAUAGAACCUGCCAUAAUUGACCCCGUUUCCGGUGAGGAGAUACACGGGAAUGAUGUUGAGGGUGUGCUAGCUUUUAAGCAACCGUGGCCUAGCAUGGCGCGCACUGUCUGGGGUGCGCAUAAGAGAUAUAUGGACACGUAUCUGAACGUCUAUAAAGGUUACUAUUUCACUGGUGACGGAGCUGGUCGUGAUCACGAGGGCUUUUACUGGAUCCGGGGACGAGUGGACGACGUGGUCAACGUCAGUGGACACCGUCUGUCAACCGCAGAAAUAGAAGCUGCUCUGAUUGAGCACCACUCCGUAGCCGAAGCCGCCGUAGUUGGCGUUGCUGAUGAGUUGACGGGACAAGCGGUCAACGCGUUCGUAGCGAUCAAGAAUGGUAGCGAGGCCUCGGAUGCGCUAAGAAAGGAAUUCAUCCUACAAGUACGAAAGAGCAUCGGACCCUUUGCCGCACCUAAGGCGGUAUACAUCGUGCCGGACUUGCCCAAGACGCGCAGUGGCAAGAUCAUGCGCCGUAUCUUGAGAAAGAUCUUGGCCGGCGAGGAAGACCAACUUGGCGACACGACAACUCUAUCCGACCCAUCCGUGGUCGACAAGAUUAUUGCCGUCGUCAAGGAGACCCGAAAGAAGUAAAGACUGAGGCGGUGCUGAAUUUUUUUCAACUUCUGAUACCAUCCUGUGUUAGAUAUGUGGCACGUGUGGAACGCGGGGGAUUCAACCUGUUCCCUUUUUUUUAGGGUGGUCCAGGUAUAAUGGUGAAUUCGAAGAUUUCACGCGCGCGUUUCGAGCAAUGGAAACGAGCUUUAGAUAUUAUAGUUGAACAGCACCCCGCCAACAAAAAAUUGAAAAACAAUCUGAAUCGACUAAUUGUAAUUUUGUAAAAAGAGUGGUGAUGCAAGUUUUCCUUGGCGGAUCGCUGCCCCAUCCCUUAGUCACACAAAGUGCUAAGCUGGCCCAUCGUUAUCGUAUGGGCCUCAUCCUAACAGAUCCAGGUAUAUCAUUAUAUAAAAGUGGCAUGGUGUGAGAUCGUCUCAAGUUCGUUGUGUACACGUCUAGAAUCCUAUCCGAAUAGCCGAUUUCAAUUGUAAAUAUGUGAGCAACUAGAAAGACCAAGACUUGGAGACGCGUCACUCGUGCCACUUGGAGUUAGCACUGGCGACCCGAUCCCCUUGGCAAAGUCUUGAGUAUAGGACUGGCGUCAGCGCCGUGUGCCGUCAAAGAGACACAUGGUUAUACUUUCGGGGAUAAGCGAACACGAGGCUGUUUAGACUCAAUGAAGAAAGAAGGGAAUGGCGGAGGAGCGUGUCACAGCAUGAAAGGGAAAAAAAGGGACA